AUGAUACUUAUAAAGUUCUAUAUAUAUUCAUGAACUAAUGGAAUCCUAAUACCACUACCAUAAUACCCACCAUUUACAAACACAUAAUACAUAGUUUAGAAAAAUGAGCAUCAAAGUGAAAGAAUCCACAAUGAUAUUCCCAUCCAAAGAAACUCCAAGACUAAAUCUUUGGUUAUCAAAACUAGACAUGACAAUUAGAACACCAUAUUCACAUACAAACGUUCUAUACGUUUAUCAUCCCCAACCUCAAAAAAAAUCUUCACCAAAUUUUUUUGACACCAAAAUUCUAAAAGAAUCCCUCAGCCAAACCCUUACAAAAUUUUACCCAACGGCCGGGAGAUUAAUUUUCAACGACAAAAAUGGUCGAUAUGAAAUCGAUUGCAAUGCACAAGGAGCAUUAUUUGUUGAAGCUGAAACAAUUAGUCCUCUAAGUGAUUUUGGGGAUUACUGUAAGCAAGAUUCUGAACUUAGAAAGUUGGUAUUUGCAAAAUGUGAUUAUUCACUAGGGCUUUCUAUGUUUCCUUUAAUGAUGGUUCAAUUGACCCGGUUUGGAUGCGGGUCGGUUUGUAUCGGGUUUUCGCAACAUCAUCAUGUGGCAGAUGGAGCUUCACAUAUGCUAUUUAAUAAUUCAUGGGCAAAAUUAGCUAAAGGGUUAGAACUUUUGGUUGAGCCUGUGCAUGAUAGGGCUAAGUAUUUUAGUCCUCGUGAUCCACCUCAAGUUAAGUUUAGGCAUUUGGAAUAUGAGCCACCUUUGCCUUCUAUACACCCUAAGGACUUUUCAGGUGAAAUGGCGACAACAAUGGAGAGUAUUUUCAAGCUGACUAAAGAACAAAUGGACACCUUACUACUACAAGCAACAUCUCAAUUAGCACCUCAAACAAAAAAACUAAGCACAUUUGUGGUUCAAGCUGCGCACGUGUGGCGUACAGCAUGUAAAGCGCGUGGACUAGCACACGAUCAAAACGCCAAAAUUUACAUCCCAGUAAAUGGACGGCCAAGAUUGAAUGAUAUAGCAUUACCAGAAGGGUACUAUGGGAAUGUCACACUUUUUGCAAGUUGUCUGGAAAAGGCCGGAGACAUAACAAGCAAACCACUCUCGUAUGCAGCGAGUAAAUUACACGAAGCACUAAAAAGAAUUGAUACAGAGUACAUAAGAUCAGCCGUUGAUUGUUUGGAAUCACAUCCAGAUUUAACGGCUAUUACUCGUGGACCAAAAACAUCUACUUGCCCUAAUCUCACAGUUAAUUCUUGGGCAAGAUUGCCUUGUUAUGAAGCAGAUUUUGGAUGGGGCCCACCUUCAUUUACAGGUAUUAAUGGAAUUAAAUUUGAGGGACAAGCUUAUAUUACAUCAAGCUCAAAUGAAGAUGGUAGUUCUUUUGUUGCCAUUAAGCUUUUCACCCCACAUAUGAAACACUUUGAAAGGUACUUGUAUGAUUUCUAAGAUCCAUCUAUUCUUGGUUUGCUUUUAUCAAUUCCAAUUUAUGUAAUCUUCAAUUUUAUUUUUCAAUUUUUUAAUUACAAAUAUGUAUUUUGUUAUACAAUUCUUUCGGUGAUAAUAAUAAAUUAAUAGUACUAUUUUAUUUUUAUUAAAUAAA